CGACGUCGAGGAAGAAUCACCCGGAGGAAGAGCGUACCGAACGCGCCAGAAGACGAGGUUCAUUGUUCCCGGUAGAAAGGGUCGUGAGCCUCGGUGAGGAAAACGCGUGGGCGUUAUCCGAACGACGAUCACGCUACGUAUCUGGAACGAAGAUAAACAGUCAAUUUUUAUUUCAACGGUGAUAAUAUGAAAAUACGAAUGAAAAGAUAAAAGUUGAAUUGCUCGAGGAUGAAAAAGUAAAUGGUCCAGGAGAAGAAAAUAAUGAUAAUGUAACUUACGGAAAUGGCGGUGAAUGAGCGUUGAGGGGAUAAACGGUUGAUUGUAAAUUGGGCUAAAAUGACGAGUUGCCAGAGACGCGGCAGCGGUCCGGUGCGUCAGCACUCGCUGCAGCAAAUGUCCCGGCGGCAUCAUCAUCACCAUCACCAUCAUCAUCUUCAUCAUCAUCCUCAUCAUUUGAACAGUCAGAUGAGACGUCAGAGAUCGGCGGAGGAGGAUCGAUCCUAUGGGAUCGGCGAGAGGGACUCCGCCGAGACGGAGAGGCCUCGGGAGGUGCGGAUAGCUUGGGGCACCGACGAGCAGGGACUCGCUCCUGUCACCAGGGCGGAAAAUAAUAAUCCUGCAACGGAAGGAGGUCGAGUGGAGGUCGUGGCCUGUCAGAUCGUGACGGGCAAAUCAAGAGCGUUGCCAAAUUCUCGACAGCCUCGAAUAAUUAAUCGUACCAGCAAUAACAGCGGCGGCAAUAAUAAUAAUAAUAAUAAUGCCGGAAGCACGUUGUUGUAUUCGCGUCAAGAACUCGCUGAACGAUUACGAUUAGCGUGGAAACAACGGGAGGCCAAUAAAUCAAACAUCGAUGUGUUCCUGGCGCAAGGAACGACGGAGGAACGCAGCGACUCGAGGCUCUCGAACUCCAGCAGUCCUGAUCCCAGCAGUCCCACGCGCCUUCCCGAGCGUAUAGAUAAUACGAAUGAGCAGAAAAAAAUGGCGGACAAACCUUCGGAGAAAUUGGUCGAAAAGAGAUCGACGGAAAAGACGCGAGUGGAAAAGCCGGUGUCACCCGGACCCUCGGUCGAAGCCGCCAAAAGCAAACGUGCGAGUUUUCGAAACGGCACGAACGCGGCUUUCUCACAACCGGUCGUCGAAACCCCGGCAGCGACAACGCCGGACAUCGCACAAACGAGGAAAGAAGUUCCAAUUCAGAUCGCAACAAACGACACGAAAAAUCGACGUACGAACUCAGCUCCGCCACAGAGACGAGCCAGCAGCGUCGGUCCAUCGACCAACAGAACUCAGGUCAACAUCGUCAUCGAAGCACCGAGAAUCUUCAAGCCGGAAACAGAAAACGCGGGAAACAAUAACGCGGAGGACACGAGGCUCAACGGAAUUGUUGCACGACCUGUCAAAUCGGCGCCCACCAAAAGACGCACGAAAAACCCGAAAAAAAGAAGCAACAGCUCGGCAGGCAAAGAAAGCGAAGCUGCUGGACGCCCGAAAAUCGGAAACGCCGAAGGCAAAAAUGGCGAAGUCAUUACGAUGGUCUCCCUCGUCAGUGACGCCGAUAGCGACACCGAAAUCGAGGACAACUCACCUCGGGACGACAAAUUAAUUAGCCAAUUACGAAGCAAUUUACCAACUACACCCAUUAUCAAGAGCAACGUUAGUACGUGCUGUUCACUCAAUUCCAUCGUCCGAAGACCCAUCAAAUCCGUGUCGUUUCAACAAGACUCGAUCGACGUCGAAGAUGAUUCCGAUAAGACAAGAACUGCGAGGAUUCGUCCGCAGAGCGUACAAGUCGGUCGUGUGACCGGUAGCGCGUUGCCAACUGCGGAAGAAGCGAGAACUUGGCGAGCGAACGUUCCCGCGUUAAGUGUGGCCAACGUUACAGCCGCUCGUCAACGCUACGAGACGCAAGAGAUAUCAGAAAUAUCGUUGACCGAUCGUGAGAAAAGGUGCCUCAUCGUUCCCAUCGGUGAUCUUCGAUCGGACAAGAAAAGAAAAUUGUUGAGAACAAAAAGCACGCCUCAGCCACGAAUCGAUGAUGUCGAUAAACCGCCGACGAUGCAGGACACGAGGGAAGCUCCACCGAGAACCAGAAUACCCGAACACGUUGGAAAAAUUUUACCGGUGCAUCAACCGACCUCGAUUUUAUUGCAUGCUUCCGUCUCAAAGCUGUCGGAAAUUGCGGUAAUAUCGAAAACCGAGACCGAGGCCGAGGCCGACGAUCUCGACGGAGAAUCGGCAGAGCCGACGUUUCAAACGACGAAAGAAAAAGAGUGCUGGCAUCUUUACAGACGAAUGUGCGACAAAGGAGUCUGCGUUUCCUUCGACACAGUUCUUAGAGGUAUGCUGACACCUACGGAAUACCGAUUACGCCGAAAAGAGACGAGCUAGCGAAGCUCGCGACAGUCGUAGAUGACAUCGAUAAUAAACUUUAGUGCCGUGAAAAAAUCAUUUUUUUAAUCCACGAGAUAUUCGUGGAAAACCGAAAUGAAAUAAUGCUUCUAAUUGACCGAUUAAAAAUUAGUAUGGUAAUAAAAAAAAAACUACUGCCCGUAAUAUGAACCCUGUUAUAAUUGUGAGUAUUUUAACUCAUAGUCAACAAUAAUGUAAACUCGUCAUAACAUAAAUGUACUUGUCUCAGAGUCGCUGCCGCGACUCUAGAUUGAACAUUUCUUAGACCGCAUUUCCUUUGCGAAUAAAAAAUUGUACAAUUUUUUUUUAAGUGUUUAAUGCAAUAAAGAGUUGUCACGUUU